ACUUAAGCCCCGCCCGCUCAGUCCGGGUCAGGCGCGGAGCUCACGGGCGCCUGAGUAUCUUCGGUGUGACUGGAUGAAGUUCGGAGAGGCGGGACGGCAGGAUGAUUCCCGCGAGCUGAUUGGGCAAUCGCUAAGUGGGCGGGCCCAGAGUUGUCAGAUAUGUGAUCUUAUUGGCUUCGCUGGCUGGGAGGUGGGGCGAGGCCUGCGGUGCGGAAGAAAACCCGGGAGGUCUCAGGGCCACAGGAUGGGGGAAGGUGAGGAUCCAGGAAGCCUGAUUAAGGUGGUCCACUUGCUGGUCUUGUCUGGUGCCUGGGGCAUGCAGAUGUGGGUGACCUUUGCCUCAGGCUUCCUGCUUUUCCGGAGUCUUCCUCGGCAUACCUUCGGGCUAGUGCAGAGCAAGCUCUUCCCCGUCUACUUUCACAUCUCCUUGGGCUGUGCCCUCAUCAACCUCUGCAUCUUGGCUCCGCAGCGAGCCUGGAUCCACCUCUCACUCUGGGAGGCCAGUCAGCUCGCUCUACUGCUCCUGAGCCUCACACUGGCCACCAUCAACGCACGCUGGCUGGAGGCCCGCACCACGGCCGCCAUGUGGGCCCUGCAGACUGUGGAGAAAGAUCGAGGCCUGGGGGCAGAGGUGCCAGGCAGCCACCAGGGCCCCGACCCCUACCGCCAGCUGCGGGAGAAGGACCCCAAGUACAACGCUCUUCGCCGGAAGUUCUUCCACUACCAUGGCUUGUCUUCCCUCUGCAACCUGGGCUGCCUGCUGAGCAACGGGCUCUGCCUUGCUGGCCUUGCUCUGGGGCUCCAGAGCCUCUAGCACAGGCCCUGUGUGCCAAUAAAUGCUUCUUUGGA